UACGGUAUCGCGAGCCCGGCCUUUCCCCGCAAACAAUUCCCGUGCCAUAUGAUCUCUCACUUCGCAUUCACUUCGUAUACAGAUUCGUAAUGUCUUCAGAACCAAGCACAGAGUCUUCGUUGCACCAUUCGGACCACGUGCGAACAAACAAUGACCACUCCCAACCAUGAGCGACACGCUGCGGUGCUGCAUGAUUGCACGCGUCGCAUAUCCCAUCCUGACUCUGAAGAAGCUGUGCAGAUCGAGCGCCAACGCGUUGCGCAAGAGCUAGAACCAUUUUCAUAUCAAAAAAAAUCGAGAGCGACCUCAUAUGCAGCCAGACAACCCCAUGAUGGCCCCUCACGUACGCGCCAAACAUUGCAUACAAGCUCAACCGCAUCCAAUGCGCCACUCCGAGACCGUGUCUCUUUAGAGAGCCGUGUCACUACGCAGUCCAAUGCGACACGCUCUCAGAGCAACUCGAUCCGAGCAAUCUAUUGGUAUAGUAAAGUCGUAAGGUUCUGGACAACACAUGUUAGCCUCACUAUCGACGAUGGGGCUCAUAGGGACCACCUAGGUAUAGAUCCAGCGUCUCCCUUCCUACGAAACACAUCAUGGUAACAUCCUUCAGCCCUUGAACGCACCUUUCUGGGCUAUCUACGAACAUCUCUCAUCCUUGUCAUGGCAGGCGUCAUAAUCGCACAGCUCUUUCGGAUACAGCGUGCUGUGCAUCCAAAUCCUCAUAUUGGCUUCUACGUCUUUGGGAGGCCCCUCAGCGUAGCAUUCAUUGGUAUGGCAAUCUUCGUGCUUCUUGUCGGAACUUUACGGUUCUUUCGUUUGCAACAUGCCUUGGUCAGGGGAAAGGCCCUUGCGGGAGGGUGGGAAAUAAUUGCAAUCAUG